GCCCGGGCAGCCAGUGCUGCAGCUGGUACCUGGUGUCCCAGCCUUGCCCGAGACCCAGACUCCCCAGGUCCCAUCCUGACCCUCCGCCAUCACACAGCUAUGCAGGGGGCCUGCGUGCUGCUGCUGCUGGGCCUGUGGCUACAGCUCUCCCUCGCCUUCAUCCCAGUUGAGGAGGAAGACCCCGCCUUCUGGAACCGCCAGGCAGCCCAGGCCCUUGAUGUGGCUAAGAAGCUGCAGCCCAUCCAGAAAGCCGCCAAGAAUGUCAUCCUCUUCUUGGGAGAUGGGAUGGGGGUGCCUACGGUGACAGCCACUCGGAUACUGAAGGGGCAGAUGAAUGACAAGCUGGGACCUGAGACACCCCUGGCCAUGGACCAGUUCCCAUACGUGGCUCUGUCCAAGACAUACAACGUGGACAGACAGGUGCCAGACAGCGCAGGCACUGCCACUGCCUACCUGUGUGGGGUCAAGGGCAACUACAGAACCAUCGGUGUAAGUGCAGCCGCCCGCUACAAUCAGUGCAACACGACACGUGGGAAUGAGGUCACGUCUGUGAUGAACCGGGCCAAGAAAGCAGGGAAGUCAGUGGGAGUGGUGACCACCACCAGGGUGCAGCACGCCUCCCCAGCCGGUGCUUAUGCACACACGGUGAACCGUGACUGGUACUCAGACGCCGACCUGCCUGCCGAUGCACAGACGUAUGGCUGCCAGGACAUCGCCACACAACUGGUCAACAACAUGGAUAUUGACGUGAUCCUGGGUGGAGGCCGAAAGUACAUGUUUCCUGAGGGGACCCCAGACCCUGAAUACCCACACGAUGCCAGUGUGAAUGGAGUCCGGAAGGACAAGCGGAAUCUGGUGCAGGAGUGGCAGGCCAAGCACCAGGGAGCCCAGUAUGUGUGGAACCGCACGGAGCUCCUUCAGGCAGCCAAUGACUCCAGUGUUACACAUCUCAUGGGCCUCUUUGAGCCGGCAGACAUGAAGUAUAAUGUUCAGCAAGACCCCACCAAGGACCCGACCCUGGAGGAGAUGACGGAGGCGGCCCUGCAAGUGCUGAGCAGGAACCCCCAGGGCUUCUACCUCUUCGUGGAGGGAGGCCGCAUUGACCACGGUCACCAUGAUAGCAAAGCUUAUAUGGCGCUGACUGAGGCGGUCAUGUUUGACAAUGCCAUCGCCAAGGCUAACGAGCUCACUAGCGAACUGGACACGCUGAUCCUUGUCACUGCAGACCACUCCCAUGUCUUCUCUUUUGGUGGCUACACACUGCGUGGGACCUCCAUUUUCGGUCUGGCCCCCAGCAAGGCCUCAGACAAGAAGUCCUACACCUCCAUCCUCUAUGGCAAUGGCCCUGGCUACGUGCUUGGUGGGGGCUCAAGGCCCGAUGUUAAUGACAGCAUAAGCGAGGACCCCUCAUACCGGCAGCAGGCGGCCGUGCCCCUGUCUAGCGAGACCCACGGGGGCGAAGACGUGGCGGUGUUCGCGCGAGGCCCGCAGGCGCACCUGGUGCACGGCGUGCAGGAGGAGACCUUCGUGGCGCACGUCAUGGCCUUUGCGGGCUGCGUGGAGCCCUACACCGACUGCAAUCUGCCGGCCCCCUCUGGCCUCUCCGACGCCGCGCACCUGGCGGCCAGCGCGCCUUCGCUAGCGCUGCUGGCCGGGGCGAUGCUGCUGCUGCUGGCGCCCGCCUUGUACUGACCCCCACCAACUCCAGGUCUUGGGGUUUCCCGCUUUCUUGCCCAAAAUCUCCCAGCGCAGGCCCCAUCUGAGCUACCACCUCAGAGUCCCCACCCUGAAGUCCUAUCCUAGCGGCCACUCCAGGACCCGCGACUCAGCCCCACCACCAGAGCUUCACCUCCCAGCAACGAAGGAGCCUUAGCUCACAGCCUUUCAUGGCCCAGACCAUUCUGGAGACUGAGGCCCUGAUUUUCCCGACCCAACUUCAGUGGCUUGAGAUUUUGUGUUCUGCCACCCCGGAUCCCUGUAAGGGGGCUCGGACCAUCCAGACUCCCCCCACUGCCCACAGCCGAACCUGAGGACCAGGCUGGCACGGUCCCAGGGGUCCCAGGCCCGGCUGGAACCCACAUCUUGCCUUUCAGGAGACCCUGGGACUGUGGGGUUUCCAGGAGGCGUGGCUUCUUGGAGGCGUGGCUUCGGAGGGGUGGCUUCCGAGAAGGCGUGGCUCCCUGUCCUGGAACCCACCCUGUGGGCAUCUGGGGCCCAAGGAGAUGUCUGGGGCAAAGAGUGCCGGGGGACCCUGGACACAGAAUCUUCAGCGGCCCCUCCUAGGAACCCAGCAGUACCAUUAUAGAGAGGGGACACCGACACAGAGGAGAGGAGACUUGUCCCAGGUCCCUCAGCUGCUGUGAGGGGUGACCCUUGGUUCCCGUUCCAGGCUGGGGGAUCCCAGGAGCAGCGGGGGACCUGGGGGUGGGGACACAGGCCCCACACUCCUGGGAGGGAGGAAGCAGCCCUCAAAUAAACUGUUCUAAGUGUGA